AGGGGCGGGGCCGCGGCGGCGCGCGGAGGCCGAGCUCGGCUGGGCUUGGCGAGGCUGCGGCGCGGCCACCGGCGGGAGUGCAGCGGCCACUGUACCCAGAGAUUCAAAACCCCAAACCCGGGACUUGGGGGCGCUGAGCCGGGCCAGGAAGCAGAGCCUGGUCGUGAGGAACAGCCGCCCGUUGCUGUCUGCCCCUUUGCGGACAGCGUCUCCCUCGACUCCGCUUAGGAAGUGGUGGGGGCGGCGUGGCCCCCGUCGGGAGGCGUUCGAACGCCCGCUCGGAGAGAGAAAGGAUUCCCCUGUGCUUGGAGCCCGCACUCGGGCGCGGAGGGAGCGGCGGCAGGCUCUCGCUUUCGGCACCAUGGGCUGCACGCUGAGCGCCGAGGACAAGGCGGCGGUGGAGCGGAGUAAGAUGAUCGACCGCAACCUUCGUGAAGACGGCGAGAAGGCGGCGCGCGAGGUCAAGCUGCUGCUGCUCGCUCAAGAUAAUUAAAGUAUUACUACUUGGCACAGGGGUAGUCAAGACUCUUUGGGACAAUGUGACAGAAAGCAACCUCAUACCUGGCUCUCAUAGCUGGGAAAUCAAGGUGGAUUUGUCUGCAGUUACGACUAGAGUGAUAUAUUUCCUGCUUGGCCCAGGUGCUGGUGAAUCUGGUAAAAGUACAAUUGUGAAGCAGAUGAAAAUUAUCCAUGAAGCUGGUUAUUCAGAAGAGGAGUGUAAACAAUACAAAGCAGUGGUCUACAGUAAUACCAUCCAGUCAAUUAUUGCUAUCAUUAGGGCUAUGGGGAGGUUGAAGAUAGACUUUGGUGACUCAGCCCGGGCGGAUGAUGCACGCCAACUCUUUGUGCUAGCUGGAGCUGCUGAAGAAGGCUUUAUGACUGCAGAACUUGCUGGAGUUAUAAAGAGAUUGUGGAAAGAUAGUGGUGUACAAGCCUGUUUCAACAGAUCCCGAGAGUACCAGCUUAAUGAUUCUGCAGCAUACUAUUUGAAUGACUUGGACAGAAUAGCUCAACCAAAUUACAUCCCGACUCAACAAGAUGUUCUCAGAACUAGAGUGAAAACUACAGGAAUUGUUGAAACCCAUUUUACUUUCAAAGAUCUUCAUUUUAAAAUGUUUGAUGUGGGAGGUCAGAGAUCUGAGCGGAAGAAGUGGAUUCAUUGCUUCGAAGGAGUGACGGCGAUCAUCUUCUGUGUAGCACUGAGUGACUACGACCUGGUUCUAGCUGAAGAUGAAGAAAUGAACCGAAUGCAUGAAAGCAUGAAAUUGUUUGACAGCAUAUGUAACAACAAGUGGUUUACAGAUACAUCCAUUAUACUUUUUCUAAACAAGAAGGAUCUCUUUGAAGAAAAAAUCAAAAAGAGCCCUCUCACUAUAUGCUAUCCAGAAUAUGCAGGAUCAAACACAUAUGAAGAGGCAGCUGCAUAUAUUCAAUGUCAGUUUGAAGACCUCAAUAAAAGAAAGGACACAAAGGAAAUAUACACCCACUUCACAUGUGCCACAGAUACUAAGAAUGUGCAGUUUGUUUUUGAUGCUGUAACAGAUGUCAUCAUAAAAAAUAAUCUAAAAGAUUGUGGUCUCUUUUAAGUUUUGCAGUUCAUGGUAAAAUGCAUUUUCAAACCAAAUGAGUACUUAUAUAUGGAUCUCUGUAGACUAGAGUCUUGCAGCAACACAGAAUGUAAUAUAAGGCAAAUGCAUCUGGGACUUGACCAAAGUUGUUCUGUUUUUUUUAACUGAAAGUAACAGAAGGACCUUUCUUAAAUGUGACAGAUGGUCCUGCAGUGUGAAACUGAAGGACAGUGUUAAAGCUGGGCUCUAGUAUAUUGAUGAUUUCUGCUUAAGUGUAAAUAUGCAAAUGUAUGUAUACAUGUAUUUAUGACUUUAGUUUUCAACAUUAUUUUUAGGUCUUGAGAGUGGCAACUUAGGAUUUUAGGGUGAUGGCUUUGGAAAUAACAUAAAUAUACCUUGUACUGAAUGACAGACUAUUACUACGUUUGCCAGUUUUAAACAGCUUUAUUUAUGUUCAUGUCCUGUAAAUUUUUAAGUCCAGUAAUUAAUAUUAGGAAACAUUACAGCCCUUAUCUAGAUUAUAUGUAUACUUGUAUUAAUAAAAAUGUUAUUUGUACAAACAUUGCACAGACUAUUUUAAUAACAUGAUUUGUUCUUUAAAUUUUAUGUGUUUUAUUGAAAUGUUCUUAAGAUGAAUACACCUGCCUUUGGAUCAACUAUUUAAACAUUGUAUGCAUUUUGAUUUUUCCUACUUUAAGAAAAUAAAAUAAUUUAAUUUUACAUUAGAUUCCACAUUAGAUUUGGUUUGAAAAACUAAAAUUUCAGAUUUUUGAGGAUAUACUGUCUUAGACUUAUUGUACACACUUAGUUUUUAUUCACUUGUUUUCACUCUGAAUUUUAAUAUUUGGCUGAUAUGAAUGCAUUGCCUGAAAGGUGAUGUCAUAUUAAUUUUUAUUCACUUUAAAUAACUACAUUUUUGUUUAUAACUAAGUUUGGAGGGAUCCUAAGAGCAUUUUUGUGGGUAAAAAAAAAAAAAACCUGUGGGCAUAAUGAAUUUUGAGACAUUGAUUGGUGAGGCUUUUAUUUCCCUUGAGGAGUCUCUUGUACCUAGCAUACAUGAUAGCUCCUUGUUGGGAAGAUAACAAGAAGGAUCUUUGAAUACUCUAUUGCUGAUAUAACGCAAGAUUUAAAUUUAUACAUAUAACUAAUUUCAAAUGUAAUUAUCACACUAUGUUAAAAUUACUUUUUUCCCUUAGAUAAUUCAAAUUUCUCCACUUGCUUGAGUUUAUAUCAUUUCUUUUCAAUUAUACUAUUAUUUCUGAGAAUGAAAUGGACAAUUACACUUAGAAAAUGAGUAAUAGUGUUUAAUAAGUCUGAUUAUAUGUAUGCUCAAAUAAGUGUUAUGUAUCAGCUAGAUACUGAGCUUUGAUAGAAUAAUUUUCUUUUGAUUAUUCAUGAUGUGUCAUCUCUGACCUUGUUUCAGCAAAGUAAACAGCACUCCCCACCCCACCCUCCUUUUUUUACUCAUCUUGGAAAAAGUUAGUCUUUCAGUACACGUUGCUGGUAAGUAGUUUCCAAGUUACGUGUUGUCACUGGGUUGAAGUAUAUUUGUGUGUGUGUGUGUGUGUGUGUGUAACCAUAAACUAUAUUCAUAUCUGUUUCAUUUGGAGGAUUUUCUUCUUUGUAAUGUAAAGAAAUUCAAAGUUAUCAAAGUUCCUUAAAUGUGUUAGUUUAGAUUCUUUAUGUGCCUUUCAUGAAAGAUAUGUUUUCAUUAAUUUUACUGGUGGACCUGUAAUAUCCACAUUGUGAAGCUGUGUAUGAAAUUCAACUAUAAUAUGAAUAAAUUUGAAUCAUGAGAAUUAUGGGUUAAAAAGCCACAAAGAAGCACAUAUUGGUGACCAUCAUUAAUGAAAUCCUGAACUUUAUUCUGUGUAAUUGUGUUAAUCCUAAUAAAUUUAAAUUUUUAAAAUUUUACAAA